UCUCAUCCCGACUCCUCAUUGCGCGAUUGCGCGUUCGCCAGCGAAAUGGCGUCAGAAGCGGAGGACUCCUGUACAACCGACCCGAAUUUUGCGGUUAUUUGCUCUUUUCUAGAGCGCUUUGCUGAAACAUGCGGAAUUGUGCAUCCUGAUUUCAAAGAACUGCAGCAAAUGUUAGAGAACAACGAGCUAGUUGAUCCUCAGCUAAUCGACUUGCAUGUUAAGCUUUUGAGAAAAGCUCGUAAAUCUUUUACUACUGAGAAAUGGGAAAAGGCUUUGAUUAAAUUUUGCCACACGUUUUGCCAAGAAGAUGCUACGCAAAUCGAAUCUCUUGGAUACAUCAAGUUACCUCUGCUAACAAAAAUUAGGCUAUUGAAGGCUCUUCUCGAAGCUCAGUUUGAUUUGAAUGUGAAAUUCAAAGCUGCUAUCAACAAACUAACAGCAUCUGAAUUACGGCUGACGCCUUUGGGACGAGAUGCUGAUGGACAGAUUUAUUGGGCACAACAAGACAAUAAACUUAACUUGAGGGUGUACCAAGAGGACGAAGAUGAGAAUUCGUGGAAUCUUGUUGUCAAAGAUAGGGAGUCUCUUGCUGAACUAAUAACAAAAUUAUCUGGUGGGAAACUUGGUCCUGCUGACCUUGAAAGUGCAGUCUUGGAUGACGAUAGCAAUCAAAGCCAAGAUGAUGAAGACGAGGAUGUGCAGCCUGAUGACAUUCUACUGGAUACUGGUCAACCUGAAGAUGCCCUGCCUCCUGGCCUUCUAAACGGACCACACAAGAAGAAGAAGAAGUACCACGAAAAGCAGAUAGAUAAUGUGGAAGAGCCUACGAAUGUCGAAAAGGACACAAAGCAUUUGUCCGAAGAGAAAAGAGAAGGAGCAAAAAAUGAUCCUGGUGUGGUAGACGACAAUGCCUCCAAGGAAGAAAAGGCUGAUGAAGUGGGUGAGACAAAGGAAGAACCUUUGAUGGUCAUCGAAGGUGAAGGCAAUGGAGCAGACUGCGAGGCUGUGUUUGGCGAAGCGAUAGAGGAACCAGUGAUGUUCUUCUGCGGCACUGGCUCAGGAAAGGAAUGUGACACAGGCAAUCCUGGUGAAAAUGAGGAGGAGAAGCAACCAGAGAAAGAUGCAGAGAAAGAAAAAACUGAAAAUUCACCCUCCAAGACAGCAGUCUGGAGCAUUGACCAGAUAUGUGGAUCCAGUAAACCAAACAAUCAAUCCUCAUUUUCAAUGAGCAUGAUGUUCGGCAACUUAUCAAAACCAUCUUUUGUGCCCAGUCCAGAGAAGCCAUCUUUUUUCAAUGUAAAUUUUGCGGCUAGUGCAAAAUCUGUUGUGUCUGAGCCAAGCUCAACCUCUAAAGUCGAGGAGGUGAUGGACAUGCCCAAUGAAAAGAUCCAACCUACAGAUAAUAGUGUUGUGACUGCGAGUGAUAAGAUUGAGUCUGAUCUUCCAGCAGUGUCAACAGAGUCAAAAGAAGUUAAAGAGGGUGAAGUGAACACAGCUGUCAAUCAAGAAAGUGAUUCACAAGAGAGAGGUGACUCAAUUUCUACUAAGAAUACUGCUGUUGAAGUAUCUAGAGACGAGGUUGCCGUCAAAGUAUCCACAGACGAGGUUGCCGUCAAAGUAUCCACAGACGAGGUUGCCGUCAAAGGAUCCACAGAUGAGGUUGCUGUCAUAUCCGCAGACGAGCAUGCAAUAGCUGGUUCGGAUGAGGCAAAACCAGAAAGUAAGCUUGAAGAAGAGCAAACAGAACAUACUAGUGUUCAUAAUGAGCAGGCAGACAAGCUUGAAAAUACUGUUGACAAAGAAAAAGUUGACUCUCCAGUGCAAUUAAAAGAGGGUCCAGUCACCGUAAGCCAAGAGCCCAGUGUGGAAACAGAGCUAGAUGCUGAAGAGCCCAGUAAAGAAAAUGUUGUAUCUGCCACAAACGAAUCACCGAAAGAACAAGAGACUCAAGAGAAAUGUGACAAAUUGAAAAAAAUAGGGCCAAACAAAAGCACGGAACCUGAAGAACAGCCGAUGGAGGUGGACGAACCCUCUUCUGAAGUGACGGUGGUUGACAAGAAGGAGAAUAUUGAUAUUGUGGAAAAAGAGCCAACUGAUCCUUUGGACUCAGGAAAUAGCAAGGAAAACGAACCUGAUGAAAAAGCACAUACUUCUACAGAUAGCGAUUUAAACCAGCAAGAUUUGAAAAUUCAAGAGACAACAGGGAUUGAGUGUGAAAAAAUGGAGGCCAUGGAUGUCACUGAAGCAGAGGAGAAAAAUGUUGAUCAAACAGAGGAGGAUCAAACAACUGAAGUUAAAGCAGAGGAUCUGAAAGCUUCUACCUCGGAAUGUGUGAAAAAGGAAAUUCCAGAGACUUUGGAGCUGACAAGCUUAAAAGAUAGAGAUGAUCUUAAAUCUAAAAUUGAUGAAAAGUCGUCAGAGAAAUAUUUCAAAGAGGAUGUAGAGCUUGGCCUUGACAAAACAAAAAUUGUGGAAGUGGAAAAGAAGGAAUCCCUUACAGUGGCAUCUGCAUUAACUUUUGAUUAUAACCCACCUGCCAGUCCAGAAGGCAAGCUUGUAAUCGAAACGAUUCCUCGCUUCACUAGAGGCCGUGGACGACCAGCCAAAAAGAAACUUGGAAACACUGCGCAGCCUGAUGACAAAAAGCCUGAUACACCGUCUGUUCAGUUGCAAAUCACUCCUGGAAGAGGAAGGGGCAGAGGAAGAGGACGGCCGCCGGGCAGACCUAAAGCUGGAAGAGUUGAUUCACUUACUGUGGAUAGUGAUGAAAGCAAAGGCAGCCGAAGCCCAGAUCUUGCCAAUGAAAAAGCUGACGAGGCUUCACCAUCUAAGAGAAUGAGCAGGCGUAUAGCUGUAAUACGACAAAAGGAGGAAGAAGAUAGAAAACGAAAGGAGGCUGAAGCACUGAUUGAAAUGCAAAGGAAACGUGAACUUGAAUUACUUCGGCAGAAGCAGCUGGAAGAACAAAGUUCCAGUGACUCAUCGCCAGACUCUGAUUCAGAGGAAUCAAAUAGUGCUGAAGUUAGGACAAAAAGAAAAUACACGCGGCGAAAGAAAAAAGAUGACUAUGAAGCAGACAUAGCAUUAAAGAAGAAGAAAAAGAAGAAGAAGCGAAGGAGGCGAGGACGAAAGGGUGCAGGUGCUAACCCUUGGGAGUCCUCUGAUUCAAGCGACUCGUCUGAGGAGAGCGAUGGAUUAGAACCAGAGGACGAGGAUGAUGAUGAAGUGCCUGAACUUAAAUCUGAUCAUGAAUUUUCCCCCGAAUCAGAUCUCGAAUUGGGACCCGGAGAAGAACUGCAGCCGGCAAGAAGAGCAAGGACUGUCACUGCUAAGAGAGAAAAAGCUCAAAAAGCCAAAGUUGAAGAGGAGGAAGAUGAAUAUAGAUGCCAGAAAUGUCAAAGCGGUGACCAACCAGAAAUCAUUAUUCUCUGCGACUCCUGUGAUCAGGGUCGUCACAUAACAUGCAUGAAACCACAAAUGCACCUGGUACCUGAAGGAGAUUGGUAUUGUCCACCAUGCGGACAAAAUCGACUCAUAGAAAAACUUACGUCGACAUUGAGAGAUCUUGAUAGGGCCAACAAAAAGAAAUCAAAUGCAGAUCUUAGAAAACAGAGAUUGGCUUACGUUGGAAUUUCUCUUUCAAACAUUAUCCCUUCAAAGGAUGAAGAAGAAUCAGAGGAAAGUGAUGAUCAGCAAGAUGACUCUGUUAUAUCAGAAGCUGGCUCAGAACUGAAAGAAGCCAUAGACGCUGUCGAGCAGGAAGUGGAGGAAGAAAACAUAAGCUCUGGAAGUCAAACUUCGAGUAGCAGCGAGUCUGAAGAACAGAAAUCUGAGGAGGAUGAAGAGAUGUAUCCUUUAAGACAAAGGAGGGCAGCUGCUUCUGUUAAAUACAAUUUCCAAGAAUACGAUGAGAUGAUUGACUCCGCCAUUCAAGAUGAGGUAGAGUUAGUGAAGGGAGCAGGAAACCUAGGCAAAGGCAAAGAUAUUGGAAAUAUAGUUAAUGCUGAAGAAGACGAGCAGGGAUCAGAUAAAGCAUUUGAGCCCGAGGAAAAAGAUAAGAUUGAGGAGAAGGAAGAAGAAAAGCAAUCAGAAUCAGAAGAGGAUGAAGAUGAUGAUGAUCUGAACAAAGCGGCAGCAAAACUAAAGGCCAGAGAAAGGGAACGUUUGGAAAUAAUUGCAAAUGCAAAUGCUAGCAAAAGGAAGCAGAAGAAAAAGAGCAUUGCUUGUUUAGAUGUAUCAAGUGGGGAUGAUGAUCAUGCCUCCGAUGAAGACUUUGUGGGUUCUGACAGUGAUUAUGAAGACGAGGAAGAUGACGACGCAUCUGUUGACAGCGGAGACUCCGAAGUAGUACGUUCCAGGCGGAAACGAGGUGCAUCAGGACCGGUGCGGAGAUCAAACAGAGCACGUCAGUCACGCUAUGACAAAGAAUUCAUUGACGACAGUGAAGCAUCUGAUGACAGUCGUAAGGCUAAGAAAAGCAAAGGUAGAGGCAAGGGCUGGCUAGGGUCAGACUUUUCAGAGUCGGUAGACUCUGAAAGUGAAGAUUCUGACUGGGGAAGAAAGAAAAAGAGGAAGAGGAAUGCACCAACACGAUCACGAGCGCCUGCGAAGAAAAGAAAGAAGGGAGGUAAAAAGAAAGGCAAGUCACGAGCACCUGCAAAGAAGAGGUCCUUGCCAAAGGACUCUGACUCGGACAAGCCUGUUGUUAAAAAGCCUCGGCCUAAACCUGAGAGAAGUGAAAAGCCAAAAAGUCCAGUCCCUGUAGAAAAGAGGACGACAAGAGGCAAGAAAAUCAACUAUCAAGAAAUCAUUGGCUCCGACAGUGAUGAGCCCAAACCUAGUCGAGCUAAAGCACGGAAACAAGUGCUGAGUGAUGAUGAGGCAGAUAUUGCCGAGGAAGGAAAUAUCACGGGCAAGAUUACUCCUAAUAGGAAUGGAACACCUGCAAAAUCUCCAAUGCUUAUGAAAGCCUCUCCAAGCCUUCAAAUAACUGAAAAGUUUCUGCAAGAGAAAACUUCAGUUAUCAUAAAGACGCCAGCUGCAGAUGAUGACGAAGCACUCAUUCCGUUGACUCUCAACCCACCUGAAAAAUUUUUGAAUCCAUCUCUAGAGACCACCAGUCCGGCUUCCAUACCUCAACCCGUUGCUUUUUCCCCAAGCAAAUAUCCAUUUGGUACACCUCCAAGUCAACCACCUCCAGCGUAUCAAGCGCGACCUUCUGCACCCUCCCCUGCUCGGCUUUCUCAACCCGCUCAGCUGCAACCAGCAUUCAGAGGGAAUUUGCCAGCGCGUCCCAGAUUUGACAGCAAAGACACAAUUGUUGGUGUUGGUCGAGGGCAGUACCAACCACCUGCAUACCCACCUGGAGGACCCCAACCGUUUUUCUAUGGGACCGAGGAAUAUUAUGACAAUUUUCCCCAAGAACCGCCUGCCAACUUUGAGACACCAACAGCACCUGCACAAGGCUCAACUGAAGAUGAAGUGGGAGAAUUUGGAGGUUUGGUGUCAUAUUUUUCAAGCCAGCGUGAAGAUGACCUAGAGUCAUAAACUGUCAUUUUGUAUUCUCUCAUAAUAAUGUAAAUAAUAUUUAUGAAAAAAUAGCAAUUUUUAUUUUGCACUCUAUGACAAAGAAAAAGUCUUUUUCAUUUUAAUUUUUGUGGACUGGCCUCAUCUGUAAAUAUUUGAUAGACCAUUAUUUCUGGAAUUGUGAAUAAAUUUUGUUGCUGCAUUCAUCAUGAACAA